GCGGAAAACGAUCUCUGGAAUUGAAAAAGACUGAUUUCUUAAAAGAUCCAACCAAUCAGACAAAAGCCUCUCAUCUCUCUAUUGGGAUCUGAAUCUUCUUCACUUUCUCUCCGAGUGUAAAAGAAAUAAAAAAAUCAGAAGCGAAAAAAUAGAAAAUGCCUCAUGGAACGCUUGAAGUUGUUCUUGUCAGCGCCAAAGGUCUCGAGGACACAGAUUUCCUGAAUAGCAUGGAUCCUUAUGUGCUUCUCACUUGUCGGACUCAAGAUCAGAAGAGCAAUGUUGCAUCAGGACAAGGCACGACUCCGGAAUGGAAUGAGACAUUUAUCUUCAAUGUCUCCGAAGGAACCACAGAGUUGAUAGCGAAAAUCUUUGACAAAGAUGUCGGAACAGAGGAUGAUUCGGUUGGUGAAGCAACUAUUCCAUUGGAGCCGGUUUUCUUGGAAGGAGAUAUCCCACCAACUGCAUACAAUGUGGUGAAAAAUGAAGAGUUCAAAGGCGAGAUCUGGAUCGCUCUCUCUUUCAAACCCUCGGAAAACCGAAGCAGAGGUUACGAAGAUGAGACUUAUGGAGGCUGGAAAAACUCUGAAGCAUCAUACUAAGAGAAGAAACCAUUUGUGAUUUAAACUUUGAUUGAGUCUUGGGAAUAAAAUGUUGAGUUUUUCUAUUUUGAAAGUGUAUUUUUUGUUCAGAGUUUCUUCUUCUUAUCUUUGUGUUCAGAUUGGAUUUUACUACUCAAAAACUUGUUUCAGUUUUGGUUGUGAUAUGGAGAAUUUUUCAUCUUUCUGUGUUUGUUUCCUGAGUUGGGUUUGGAUGAGUCUUUACUGGACUUUCAGCUAUAG